AUGGCAAAAAACAAUAACGUAAUUGAGGAAAUUAAAGAAUUAAUCCAAAAAAUUAAAAAUGAAUAUCAGGAGGAGGUUGAUUUUGCGUUUGUUGCUCCAAGUCUGAUUAAUAGGGCAAGUGGAGGAUACAGAGUUAAAAUUAUUUCUCCUAGAUUAAAAAAAUUUUGUCGUGAGAAAUUUAGUCUUUUGUCUGGUGUUAAUUAUCAUUUAGAUUAUAAAAAAGGAGACCAAGAAGGCAAUGAUUUUUAUUAUCGAAUUUGUGUUGAUAAUAACGAUUACGACGUUUUAGAUUGUGUGAAAGAUGAACUAUAUCGCGGAAGAAAAAUUGGUGGUUUCCUCAAUCCAAGUCCUAAUAUUAUUUCUUACUUUCAUCCUGAAUGUGCCAAAAAAUAUUUUGCUGAUAAAGCGCAACCAAACGAAAAUAAUGUUCGGAUAAAAGAAAAAUUAUUGCGAAAUUUGGAUAAAAUAUGCUUAGACCCCUACGGUUAUUUGGCGAAUAACGAAUGUUUAAAAACAGAUGAAGCGGAGGAAGAAUACCAAAAGACAUUUAACUUGCCCAAUGAGUAUUUUGAGGUAAAAAGAGAGUUAGUUAAGAAAAUAAAACAAGAAAUUAAGCAAAAUCCUUUUGAGUGGAAAAUUGAGUGGGGAAAAAAUGAGAAUUAUGUUGACAAAAGCCUAAAUCAAUUGGUUAAGCAUCAACCGUCCG